AUGAGCAGGAUUCAAGAAAGCUGGCUGAAGAUUAUGCGAUCAGCGAAAACCAAGCAGCUCAAGAAGCAGGUUGAGAUCAUCUCCCAGAACCACGAGAGAGACGUGGAUCGCAAAGAUGCCAUCCUCCAAAUGUUGGACCGAGACCUCGAUGAGGCUGAGGAGCAGCAUCAGGUGGCUGUGAGGAGCCACCUCCUUAACGUAGAUCGGCUCCUGGAGAUCCAGCAGAGCAGGCUCCUUGCCUUGGAUGAAGAGUUCAAGCGGGAUGUCGCCACGCUCCAGGAGGAGUUCCGCAUCGAGCGGGAGCACAUCCAGGAGCGACAUGCGCUAGAGAAGCGAGAACUGGCGCUGAUUGUAGAGCAAGUGGAGCGUGAAGAGAAGAACCGAGAAACGGCGGACAUCACCGACCACCAGUCCCAGUUCGAGCUCAUCCGCAACAAGAACAUUGAGGAGGACCACCAAAUGCGCUCCGGCCUCGAGGAGCAGAUUGAGGAAACUCGCGCUAGGUGUAAAGACAAGCUGCUCACCUACGAGAGGUCAACAGAAAACAGCACGACGGAGUACAAGGAUUACCUUCGUCGUGAUGCCACGCUCAGUGACCAGGUCGAAAGGCGACUGCGCCAGGUUGAGCGCAUGCAGGCCGCCAUUCAGCACUGGAAGCAGAAAAUCGCGCAAAAUCGCCAGGAGUGUGAGGAGCGGAACCAACAGCUCCGAACCGAGAAGGAUCACAUUGCCAAGCAUUUCCAGGAGCUGAAGGCCAAGAUGAACCACUUUCGCACAGAGGGCAAGAAGCGCCUGGCAGAUCUCACAAUGAACGCCAGGAACUGCAUCAAGUCCCUGAAAGAUCAGCUCGGCUUGGCCGAGAGGAUAUUGAAGACAGCGGAACUUUGCAGGAAGUUUGAGACAGAGCGUGAGAAGGUGCUCCCGUUCUACCUGUCCCGCGACAUCCUGCAAGAGUUUGAGGAGGGCGAGCUCGAGUUCGGAGACGAGGACCUCAAAGAGGAGAUCCGAAAGGAGCUCACAGAUGUAGGUAUCGACGAGUGGACCUACCUGGACAACUUCUUCAAGCGCUACAACAAGGUGAAGUUGGACUUCCAUGCAGUUGAACAGGAGGGAAAGCGCCUCACCAAGGAGAAUGUACAGUUGCGCUCCAUCCUGAAGCAGUUCCUCGACGGAGUCAGUGUCAAUGAGGACGUGCUGUCGGCGCCAAACCCACUUCUGGUGGUGAAUGGCAAGGUGAACCUCAACCACGUGCCAGUCAAGCGCGCAGCGGACAAAACAGUGUAUGUGGAAGCGGCACACCAUGCUGGCAACACGGUCGUCAGGCGUUGA